AUGAGCCAACCUGUUAUCGCGUUUGCAAUUUUAAGACCUUCGGUUCCGCUUGGAAACCCCUUGAUAUCGGCUGCCUCCACUGUCAAGUUCAUAAAGAAAACGAAGGCGCAACCAAUUUUAAGGGACAGAAUGAUCUAUCAACUCCAACAAAGUCCGACAUCUACGUACAAACGCCACCUCAUACUAGUAGCUGAGCAUGAUAAACUCACCACCACUGCACCUCCAUUCACCCGUCGUCUAGGAUAUCCUGGAGAGCACGCUGAUAUGGAAAAGGCUCAGAUUGAUGAGUGCGGCCUCCGCCCAUCUCAGAAAGGCAUACACGAGGACUACCCUGAAGCAUCGGAGCCCCCCAUGUUGCAUUGGUGGAGAGCAAUUCCAUUGGGCCUCGUCUUCAUUGCUAUCGCUGUCAGAUCGGGGGUUGUAUUAGAGCAAACGCGCCGCGGAUUAGGAUUUGAUAUCAAUCUCAUUGACACUCAACUCUCUCGCGUUAGACAGUUUUUGAAGUCAUUUGGGCCAUCUAUUCUUUUCACUCCAUUAUUCCUCUGGUUCACAGCGUCCUAUGGCACUAUCAAGCUGCUCAAACCCUACAUUGGCGCUGAGAAAGAUAGGGUCGAUUCUCGUAGUCCAGGUGGGGCUGUUUUUCUGAGUUUCAGGGACCGCCAUUGGGCGGUCUUCAUACUAUCCUGCAUCGCGAUCAGCGGUGGUAUUUUCCAUUCCCUGGCUGGAGCAUUUUUCCAGAUUGUGCCGACGUCCCAGAAGCAGGAAGCGAGAGUGCGUAUCGCAGGUAAAACGGAUCUGGGCUAUGAUAAUGUCGGAUUCACCCCAUUCGUGGAUGCUGCAGGGUUUGUGGGCGCCGUUAGCCGGAUCGGCGCUUUGUAUUCUCCAUUUAUUCUUAAUGACACCACUAGCAAGACUGGGAACACCUGGGUGGUGCCGAGCUUUACUCUCGCUGAUCCAGGUGCAGCUGACCAAGGUGGGGAGGUCAACCUCACAUUCAGGGGAUUGUCGGUGCAAGCCAGAUGUGCCCCGGUUCCAUCACCAGUAAUAUCGGGUCCGGACACCCCCGACUCGUACAACAUGACGGGGACUCUUUCCCAUAACUGCUCCGCCACGUCCAAUGUCAUCUCCAAUGGCACAGUAUCGACUCUGGUAACAACUACCCAGUCCCAAGUGACCCGUUAUUUUUCUCUCCCCAUGAUAGAGGAGCACGAUCUCACCGUUAAACUCGUGCUCAGCUAUGACGGCCCAUUCAUUUCCGAUGUCGCGGAUCGAGGUAACGUCUCAUUCCUCAGUUGGGGUCCCAGCGGGACAGGCUGGACAAGUAGUGAUCCCCGGGUGGAAGGCAUCGGAGACGCGAUCCGCUUUGCCUUGGCUGGUUCCAUAUCGGACGCAAACUCCGUGGUUGGAUAUGCCGAGGAGGCCGUUAGAUUAUUUCAAGCAACCCUCGCCCCUUCCACGUUUAUCGUUGGGCCAUCGUAUCUAGGAAAUGCCACACAGUACGUGGAGACAUACAGCUUGGUUGCCAUCGCUCCUGUGGCACAUGCAAUAACUGUCAUGUGCGCCAUCGUCGGACUCGUUCUUGUCGUGCUCUCCAUACGUCAUUCCAUGUGGUGGCGCAAGGAAUUAUGGGCCAAUGCCGCACCUUCAGUGACCACGACAGUUCCAGCGCUGGCUGCAUGA